CUUCGACGGCAGCAGCAGCAAGGAGGGCUUCAUUCAGUUCAGCGCGUACCGCAUCACUCCCCUCCGCGUGGUUGCCAUGGGCCUCAUGCCUCUCACACACCAUGACGUCAUCACUGCCCAGCACUGCUGGUGGGAGUCAGCCAAUGGGCAGUGGACAGAUGGCGCAAUCUCAGUGAAGUUCCCAGGGGAGCACCAUGCACGCGCGUACGAGUGUGUGUUGCUGUACUGCGACCUGCAGCGCCCAGUCAGCUCCAUGGUGGGCGGCACACUCAAGAUGGCGGUGGACCAGCAGGACGUGGUGGUCUACGAGGAGAGCCCCGGCACGCCCGAGCCUCCGCCGGAGGUUCGGGAGGACGUGCGGGUGUUUGAGCGCAACCUGACGUACUGCUCCGCGCCCAUGUUCGGGGCGAUCGACACGCAGCGGCUGCUGGAGUGGAUUGAAUUCCACCGAUCGGUGCACGGUGUGGAUUAUCUGCGCAUGUACGAUGCAGGGGCCAUGGAUGAUGACGUCAUGGCAGCUCUGAGGCCGUACCUGAGGGCGGGCAUCAUGGACAUCACGGACAUCAGGGGGGCAGCGCUGUAUGACACGUGGAGCUAUGCACAGGUGCUCAUGGUGAACGACUGUGCUCUGAGGUCUCGACAACUCACCAGAUGGGUACUGUUCAUGGAUGUCGACGAGUACAUCCACGUGGUGGAGCCGCCCCACUCGCUGCUAGUCUUUCUCAACUCAGUGCCCGCCAUCCCCUGGCUCUCCUUCGGAUCCCUCACCUUCCCCCUCGACAUCUGCGGCAAGAUACAGGAGGCGGGGUGGGAGCCGUGGGCGGUGGAGCAGCUGGUGUUUCGAGAGCCGGUGCCGCACUGCAAGGAGCCCACCAAGUACUACAGUCGAGACGCAUGCCUCAAGUGGGACGGCCAUCGAAAGUACGUGGUGAACCCUCGAGCAGCGCAGGUGCUGCAGAUUCACCGGGUCUACGAGCUCAACGCUGCCUAUGAUGCCAAUGCUCCCCCUGAUGCCGCUGCUGCUGCCUCUGGUGCAGCUGCCGCUGCCCUUCUGGCCACUUCCGGCAGGGAAGAGGGUAACAGUAACGAUAAUGGGUCGCCGGGAUCGCAGCAGGAAACACAGCAGAAUCAGUCCGUAUUCGUUGGUGAGGUUCUUUUCUCGAUUUUCCGUCCAUCCCCUCCUGUUGUGCUUCAUCCCUUCCUCCAUCUUUCCUCUCCCGCAUUUUCUCGCCCUCCAUUUCCUCCCCCAUCUUCUUCCUCCCUUCAUUCCUCCAUGUCUUCUCCCCUCUUUGUUCCCUCUUCCCCUUGCCCUUCUUCCUUUCCUCGCUCCCUUCCGCCCUCCUUUCUUCCACUCUUCCCCCUUCUCGUCUUCUACAUCUAUCAUUUUCUGUUCUCCAUCUCCCACCUCCCUCCCAAGCUGCCUCAUCGUUUAUCUGCCUCCGUCCUCCCUCUUCCCGUCCCUCCCUUCCCCUGUGUCUCCAUGUGUCCCCCCGCCUCCGCCUCUCUACGUUUCUCUCCAUCCUUCCCCGUCUCCAUGUUGACCUUCCCCUCAUUCUUCUUUCCCGUCCUCCCCACCCUCCGCCCCUUCACCUUUAGAAUCCCAACCUAUUCCCCUCCACCCCACCCCUCUCCUCCUUGA